AUGAAUAAUAAAGUACUUUUGAUUUUGAUUGCCACAUUUCAGGUAAUUGUAAAACAGUCUUGUAUGCCUUUCUUGAUGUAAUAGUUUUCAUAUCAACUUGUUGUAUUUAGACUUCCUGUAUCAGAGGCUUGGAGGACUCGUGUGAUGCAAACAGUGAAAAAGACUGUCAAAUGUCAGAAUCAACGGAGCCCUCGGAAAACAACGACGGCAUGGGGCAAUGUGAGUUCUUGACGAUCUGUACGCAUUAAGGUUCAUUGUUUUGCAUGUUCGUUGCCAGAGAAAAUCCUCUUAUUCCUCUUUACUAUAGAUUAUAAAACAGUGAAGCUUAAUCUUUAUCAAACUGCAGCAUGCAUCUCGAUAAAAUGAGAUACUGUACCUCUCAUUGUACAUUGCAAAAUAACUGUUGCCUCAUGGAUUGUUUUAAUGAAGUUGACCUGAGAUCAGUACUGCAUGAGUACUGGUGUUUACACAAACAACCUCCCCAGCGUGCAAAGAAAUUAAAUUAGUGUCCGAUAUAGCCCGGGGCUAGUGGAUUUUGUUAUCGGGCUAGUGAAUUCUGCUUUUAACUUGCCUGGGGGGCAAGUGAUGUCUUUUGAAGAAUUGGAAUAACAGAAGAGCUGUGAAAUCCGUUUUGCUAGUCAAAAAGUUUUUGGGGCUAGUUGAAACGACGUCUGAUCUAGUAAAUGCUAGCUUCAGCUCGCCUGAAUGGCAAGCUGUAAAAAUGAUUUUCUUUGCACCCUGCUCCCCUCAGAGAUCAAAACCUACCUGUCUGAAGAGGGCUAGCUCCAAGGCCCAAUAAUCAGUCCUCCACUUUCGGAUGUACACCAAUGGCACAAAAAAACAAGUUUUUGGUGGUGUACCAUCUUUCUGCUGAAAGAAGUCAAACGCUGUAACUCCCACUUCCUAUAUAAUCCAGGUAAAACCUGUACACCAAUGUCUUUGGAUUGCCAGGAAGAGUCCAAUUCUCACCUCUUGCUCUAAUCUGGAAAGUGAGAGUCAAGAAUUAAGUGGCAUGGUGUAUUUUGUAUGAGUAGUGCAAGUUGUAAAACAAUGUUAAAACAUUUGUGUAUUUAUUCAUUCAAGUAGUGAAAGUGUGAUUCAUGUGGGUGAAAUAAGACGAGGCAACACUCAAAAAAACUUAAAUUUCAGCACCUCCUUUGAGCAAGCAUCUCUUAUGUUUUGCUUGCCUGGUGCAACUACUUGCUUGUUUUAGCUAAUAAUUUAGUUGGAGGAUGACCUGGCAACUGAGCUAACAGUUACUUGCCUUGCAGGAAAAACUACUUGCCCAUUCCCAACAAAGUUGCUUGCCAUUAGGGAUAGCAAGCAUUUGAGUGAUUGUAGUUAGUUAGAGGACCUAAUCAAAUGCUGUACAAGUACAACUCCUAUAAAUUGUGCAUCUAGAAGAAAAUAUUGUGACCAUCACCAGUUUUUCCCUGUGUAGGUGCAGGAGAAGGGGGGAGUAAAAGGGUGUGCCAUAAUUCAAAAUGAAUUGUUUAAUUAGAGGGUGUUUACAUGACACCGGAGGGACUUUCGCCCUGGAGCGAGUUCACUCCCUCUCAUGGCUCUAUAUUUGUUUACACGAUACCACCACAAAAUGUUUUGCCAGCGCGAAUCACUCCGGCAUGAGUUCCGGUUCUUGUACUGGGGCGAGAAUUUCAGUCCGGUACAAAAUCUCGCAACGGUAUCAUGUAAACGCGAAACGACCACCCAUUUUGGAGAGAAAUCGGUCUGCCGGCAGACUGGAACAGGUAGCACAUGCGUAAUGUUUGCGAUUUUGAACCGCAUGGCAUUUUAUCAGCAUGAAAUGUACCGUACCUUUAAAUAACAAGAUAUGAAAUGACCCAGUCAUCAUGUAAAUGCGAUACAAAAUCAAAAAGUCAUCCCAGUAUGAAACUUGUGCGGGCACGAGUUUUCUCAUGUAAACACCCUCUUAGCUAACAAAACACUAGAUAAAUGAUCCAAACAAUGUCCCAAAAACAAGAGCCUGCACCACAGAUGGAACUAAACUUCUGGUUAAGCCUGUUUAGUAUAUAUUCCAGAACAGUCACUGGUAGUGUUUUUUAGGCACUUUGAUUGGCUACUUAAACUCUGGAUAUCCAGUUUUAUUCAUUGAUUCACCUCCAGCUUGCGUAAGUUACGAGCAAAAUGGCUUCCCAUUUAGCUGCUGUAACGAACUAAGAAAUUUCACAAAUAAUCAAACAAGUUGUUCCCAAAAUACAUGAAGAAGGUGACGGAAUUUGGUUUGAAGUUUUAACAUGUAAAGCUUUGUCCGUUUGACUUGAAUUUAUCGAUGAAACUGGUGAAAAAGUUUUUCAUUUACAAAUGCAAAUAAGGUCUUGCUUUACUUUAUUUAACUGACAUGUUUAUAAAUAAGCUUAAAACUAGAUUUAAUAGUCUUUUUUUUACAGAAUGGUUUCAAAUGCAAAAAGAAGUCAUAACUCGUUUUGAAGAAAUUUUCCCGCAAGGACUAAACAAAUGCCUUCAAAAGUUUUAUUUGUUGGCAAGAAAACGUGACGGCCCCUCAGUCAUUGCAUGCCAAAUUUUUCAAAGUGUUGGCAACAGUAAAUGAGUUAAAAAUCAUCAUUUUUGUGCUCAAUUAUAUCACUGUUUUAGCAGAUACUAAAACACUUCUCCGAAAUAGAGGUGGCUUGUGGUGGAUCAAUAUUUACUUCACCGCUUUGUAGCUUGGUAAAUUUUCACCAAUAGCCAGCUCCUUUUUGGUGAAUGAUAGGCUGAUUUAGCAAUAGAAUGGGAACGUCAUUUGACGACGGGAAAAUGCGCAGUUAGGGCUCAACUCGACUUCGGGUGCCCAAUUAGCCGCUGUGCCAUUUGUCAAGCCAGUCGUUUGAUUUGUGCGCGCUGUCAUCAACUGACGUUCCCGUUCUGUUGCUAAAUCAGCCUAAUAAUCUAUGAUGGAGACUUGGCAAUAUCCUUGUUCUGGGACCCCACCUGCGUACAAGGUUUUUAUUACACACCAUGAUUGGCCCGUUUAAAAAGCCAUUGUUAAUUUACCAACAGGUUGAAUGGAAAUUCGGAGUGCAUUUCCCGUAAUUCAUUGAAUCUAUUGUGGGCCUCCCCUAGAACAAAGAUGUUGGCACUGCUUUGCAGACAUUACUAACUAGGCUUAGAUUAUAUAUGCAACACAGGCUAAAAAAAAAAAACGUGAGCGUUUUCAAAGUCCAAAGAAAAUAUAGGUUUCUAAGAGCCCUGUUGGUCCGGGAGUAAAACAUUUCCUUUUUCAAAGAUCUACUCACAACCAUCCACCUUCUGCUGGUAACUUAUCAUUACUAACUCACCAUCUUUUCAAACCCUCAGAAGUUUGUUUGUUGUUGUUACAAAUAAUGAUGGACAUCCAUCACCACUCUUCAGUGAAAUUUUAACAAUAUUAUGUGGAGUUUAUGUUUUGUAAUGUUUCCCUCUAUAGAUUUUUGUUCAAGCAAGAAGGAAACUUCUUUUCCAGAAACAUUAGAGGGGUUUGGGUAUGGGUUCAACGCAGGUUGGUAAAUAUCGUGUUAGUUGCAGGGCUGUUACUAAAGGCUGGGAACCAGGAAUUCCCCCUAGCCCCGGCUACUAUGAGCUUGAUUCCCUGACACUUUCUAGAAAACAAAAGGAUAAUAAAACAAGAAGAACUUCCUAGCUGUUCAAUUCCCUGUCCACUAAUUGCAUAAAUUUACACCCAGCAACUUGAAAUCUUAAUGUCACUCCAGAGUUUCUGUUUCCAGACGUUAAUUGUCUGCGACCACAGGGUCAAACUCCCUGUGCCAUUCACAAUUCCAUCUUUGUUCGUGUUUGCAGAUGAAAAUAGCAAGGUUGUUAGUAAAUAGUUAUUUUAUGAGUCAAGGAACAAGUGCAAAUUUUGUACUUUUUUGCAGAAGGACAGAUGCGGAACUUAGAAACUGGUGAGCCAUUCAAAUUUGACGUCAAAGAAGAUGACAGAGCCUAUAAUCAAAAACAUUAUGAAGCACUUGGAGAGGUAGGAUGUUGGACAGUUCAGAUGAAUUAAACAUCAUUCAUUGGCAUCUUCACUGCCAAUUUUUUCUUUAGAGGCUUUAUAGGACAAGGUUAAGUCAUAGUUCUGGGGUUUUGAUAAAUUUUAAGUUCAUGUAGGUUAGGUAGGUAGGAGCAAAGGAGGUAGCAUUUAAGACCAUUCUUGACAAGUAAGCAUAUAGUUGAAGAUAAGGGCAAAGUAGCAGAUGUUUCACAACAGGAACAGACUCCAGUCUCAGAAUUCCGGAAACAUCAUUUCCAAGACUGUCCAGCACUUUUGCGAACAAAUCUACAAGUACUGUCAAACCCCUAUAGCUUAGGACCCAAUGAAACAUUUCGGUCAAACGUUUUUACCUGUUAUAUAAGAAGGCCUUAGUCAUCCUAGAAAUUUGCCAUACAUUGAAAUGUUGUAGGUACUUCAAACCCUCCACCUCCCCCCCUCUUAUGUACAUAUUUAUUGUGUGUAUAAUGUAUUUCAACUGACUGACUGAUCACUUUGUUGAUGUGACGUUCCUGUGUUCUAUAGGUGAUUACUGAGUAUGUUUACAAAUUACUGGAGGAAGAGGUCAAGCUAAAGAAGCAUUUUGUUCCUGUAAGUGAAAUGAAAGUGCCUUAUAAGAUAAUACAUGCAGCUGUGUUGGAUCUGUGGCUCAGUAGGCUCUUAUAAUAGCCAAUCAUGGGGGCAUGAAGUACACAUCACAGAAAGCUGAACCAAGGUCAAAACAAAAACGAUGGGGGAGGGGGUGAGGGGAAAGGGCAGUGAGAAGAAUCGCUUGCAUUCAACCCCUUGAGAGUUUUGAAACUACGUCCAAAAAGUAGACAUAGCAAACGGCAUUCCUGAUUGGCCAACAGAAUGUCAACUCAGAUUCCCAGUGGAUACAAACUUUAAAGGAGUACCGUCGGUUGAGAUGCAGCUUGCUGCAUCUAACCUGAUUUGUGUUCGCUUAAAGAAAAAUAUUCAUCAUCAGUAUUUGACACAUCAAGUAGAAGUUCUGCAGCCAUCAGUCGCUUUGUGUGAACUUUUGCUUUUGUCCUACGAUGUGUCAGUAGUCAACAUUUGUUACUUCAAAUGAGACUUUUGUUUAAAAAUAUUCAAUAUUUUUAUCUGAUAGUGAAACAGUUCCACAAUCCAAUUCUGACAAACAAAAUUAUUUCCUAACUGCUGAUAAAACAUUAAACGGUCAUAAACAAUAAAGCUUUGGCUUGACAGUAUGUUGGCUGGCGUUAGACCUCAAAACAUGUCACAUGCUGCGUAAGGCAAACUCCUCCUUUCACAAGACUGGAUUAGGCAUUUCAAAAAUCUCAAGGGGUUGAUUGCAGUGCCUUCUCCCCUCACCCCCUCCCCCAUUGUUUUCUUUUUCACCCUAGUUCAGCUUUCACAUGGCUGAAUCUCUUACCUUACGAACCAGAAAAGAAAAAACAUACCAAAAAAUCUGCCAGCUACACAGGCUAACCGAGGUGUAUAAAGAUAAAAAAGCUGAUGUACAAGCAUUGGACCUUCAGGUUCCCUGUGACAAAGGGUCAGUCAUGGUUGUUUGGUUCAAUUUGUUAAUAAUGCCAAUUAUAUUGCCUGUCUUUAUUCCCUAUGGAACUUAAGAAAUUUUUUGUAAAUUGCAAAAUCACAGCUUUCCUGUCAAACAUAUAAUUAUCUCUCCCAAUCAGUAUAUCAAAUGUUACUGAAACCACAAAAAUGAACCUUAAAAACUAUUAUGCUGACAAAUUUUGUCAAAAUCACAACUGCAACCCAUUUCAAUCUUCUUCAAGUUUAUCCAUCCUCUUCUAUUUGCUUUGUUAUUUGUACCUUCUUUUCACUUUCUGAGCAGACGUAAUUGUUAUUUUUCAGUCAGUUUUUGCGGCAUUUCCAACUAUUAGAAUUUAGAAACGUUUUGUGAUACAGCUCCUUUAAAAUGCCUGCCCCUCUUCCCAACCUUUUUUAUGGUAGAGGAAAAAAAAUUUUGACUUCAGCAACUCACUAGUGGAUUUUCUCUUUUAUUUCCCCACUGACCCAGCACCCCAGCCAGUUUCUUUCUAAACUAAACCCUGCAAUCAUUCAUUCAUUCAUAUAAGCAUAGCUUUCGGUUAUUUUCUCGUAUUACUGCUUUUUCGAUUUUUUUUUCACCAAGCAUAUAUAUAUUCAUAGAGAGAUUUAUGGCGUAUCGCAUUUUGCAUCUGGCUAAGACCACACGGGGUUCACGUGAUGUAUGCGCACUUUGCGCGCAACAAGAUUAUAAACUCACUAAAUUGCGAGAAUUACUGCUUUUUUGAUUUUUUUUAUUUUUCUUUUGUAUAGCUUGCACUGUGUCUUAACCCACAUAAACCUGUCUGCAUACUGAAUUUUGCACUUUUUGUGUGCGCAUGUUGCAUUGUACCUCCAUGUAUUGCCCCUAUAGUUAUCCUUUUGAAAUCAUUAAGUCUGGCUUAAUUGUUCUGAACAAUUUAGUUCAUUUUCUUCAGGUUGAUGCAGAGGAAAAUGAAGACAAGAGUUUCUUCUUCAUGAGUGAUGAUGCUUUGACAUGUGACAAGUUGAUGAUUCUUAUUCACGGGAGUGGCGUUGUGAGGGCAGGACAGUGGGCCAGAAGGUCAUUAAGAUAUUAUGCAUGCUUAUUUCCUUCAGCUGCUUUGUACAGUGGAACCUCGAUGAAACGAAGGGCCAAGGGACUUGCAAAAUUUGUUUGCUACACAGAGGUUUCGUUGUAACAAGGUUCUUUUAUAUAUAAUUAUUUUACUAUUAUUGGGGUAAGAAAAUCGUAGUUUAUACUGAGGACUUCAUUAGGUAGACGUUUGUUAUGUUGAGGUUCCAUUGUAGUGCUGCCCUUACAGCCAAACCUGCAUUAGGCGGUCACCCUAAGCUCUCUCUCCUACUGUCUACUUAAUACAGGUUGACAGUUUAAUUCAGAGUUGGCAAACCUAUGAGUUGAUCAAAAAAAUAAUAAAGCAUAACACAACUCAUUGGCCUCUUGGUGAUUCUACCCCUUCUUGUGCCCAAAGAAAGGGACGUGAAGACAGUAGAAAAUGACUUCUUAUGUAGUUGAGACCACGGAAAAAGUACUAACUGCGACCACUUAAUAGAGGUGACGGCUAAACACAGGUCAGGUUUACUGUAAGUAAGGGACCAAAAUGAUUUUUAGGACUUAAGAAAGUGACUGCUUAAAAGAUGGUGACUACUUAACACAGGUCCACUUAAUACAGGUUGACUGCGCUACCUUUCCUACUGAAGGUCAGGCUUAAAACAGUAAUAUGUUGUAGACGUCUAAUUUAAUUACUAAUCUUAUACCCUAUUUCCUCAAAUAAUAGCCAUCCCUCGAUUAAUUGCUGCCUCCUUUGAAUAAUCGCCCCCCCCUUGGACGGAAAUAUUUAAAAUAAUCGCCUCCCCCCGCCCUUCUCGCCAUCUUCUCUUCCUUUUAUCCCCUCCCUGUCGAGUGUAAGUGCAACGUGAUCCAGUAAAACUGAUUAGUGAAGAUUUAUUAACUAGCGUGUUCGAUACGUUUUCUGUGUAGGUUAAUUAUCAACGACGAUUUGAGUUGUGGAACAAUGUUGCCAUACAUCAAGAGAGCUAGUGAGGUCAGGCUACAUCUUUGAACUAUUAAUGCUUUAUAAAUGUACUGUUUGAACUGAGAAACAACCAAGCUUUCUACUGUGGUCAAGUAAAAGGACAUGGUUUAGUAGUCUUCAUCAUCUUUAUCACUCUUUAAUGAAGGACAUAUUUUAGCCGAGAGCUAAAUUGUUUGAUCUGGAUAAUAUUUCUAAAAUAUUUGAUGUUACUGUAUUGUUCUUGUUGAGGGAAUUAAGUUAUUAUUAGAGACCUUAAGAUUGAAGUUUUCGGCUUUUUUCCGUGAAGCGCGAACAUCAAGAAGUCAUGUGACCAGAGCCUUGCCGUCAGGUUUGCGGUUUGAGGUUCAUGUUGGUACAGCUAGACCAUUAGGUAAGUGAUUUACCGCAAGGUAAUCUCACAUUUGAGAUGAAAUAUGACCUUUUACAACUCUUCUGCUUAUUGAUUAUCAAAUUUUAUUUUUAAAAAAACGUAAUUUUGAAGACAAUUUCUCAGCUAAAAUAGAACAAAGUGGAUGAAUGAAAACAAACAUGGCAGCCAUAAGCAGCCACCCGCAAAUGUUUAGUCUCAAAUAUGGGCAGACGGGUAACGUGAAACUGUUAACCACAAACCACAGUUUGUCACUUGCAGCAAAAUGACCCAACCUUGAUCUUAAGGUCUCUAUUAGUUCUGGGAUGGACAGGCAAAAUUAUUGAUAUCUCCCACAAUCCUUUCUGCCUAUUAAAAUGCAAAUGUCAUAGGCAGUCAACUGCAGUUAAUCAGUUAGUCUCCCUUGGGAACUACUGUUGAAGUAGGUUUGAACAACCUUGGUGGCGACAAGGAGAAGUACCUAUCACAAGGCAAUACAACUUCAAAGGGUUUUUUGUCUCUCCUUGUGCCCCCAAGAAAUUACAGACCAUGUUAAAAAAAUUAUUUAGAAAAUAAUAAUAUGCAUUGAAAUAACAGAGAUAAAUACAAUAAAAAAUAAAGUUGAUAUGGACCUGCAAGAAAGGUUACUACAACUGGUUUAAUCUAAUCUAAUCAUUAUUGUAUUAAUAGAUCUUUUUUCUUAAACCUUACCUCUAAGGAGGGAUAUGGAGUGCUUAUCACAAAUGGAAAUGAAAAUUAUGUGCGGAAAAACAAGAAAAGAAUUACCAUUAGAGUAAGUGCAAAGGAAUGAAUAAAUAAAUUAUUCUCAUCAUCAUCAUCAUCAUCAUUGUUAUUGUUAUUAUUAUUAAUUAUCAUUAUCAUAAUAAAUUAUGUUAGUAGUGUUAUGUUAUAUGUAACAUGAAAACAGUAGAUACCCCUGCAGUUUUGCCAUUAAAAUUUAAUAAUAAUUAAACCUUGCUGCUGCUUUCAAUUUUAUUAUUGAUUACUCUUAAAACAUGUUGAACAGAUCAAGUUCUAUUGAGUGUGUUUUUUACAGUUGAUAUUGUGUAAAAGUAAAAGUAACCUCAUGAGUGCUUCUAAAAGAUAAAUUUACCAUACAGCGUGCAAAGAAAGUACUGUCCGAUAGCCCAGGGCUAGAGGAUUUUGCUAUCGGGCUAGUGAAUUCUGUUUCUAACUUGCCCGACCGGCAAGUGAUGUUUUAUGAGGAAUUUGAAUAACAGAAGAACAAAAAGUUUUUGGGGCUAGUUGAAAUGACGACUGGGCUAGUAAAUGCUAGCUUCAGCUUGCCCGAAUGGCAAGCUGUAAAAAUAAUUUUCUUUGCACCCUGCAUAAAAAGAAGUGCAGUGACUCUUUAAAUACAGCCUUUGAGAUCCUGCAUUUGACUGCAUUUUCAUUGUUAUUCCAUUUGUUUUUUAAGGGCAGUGAAUCUCCUGAAAGGCACUUUGUCUAUGUUUGUGAGCACUUUAUUUCAAAAGCAGCAGCCCAAAAAAUAGUUGUGGUGGCUCAUAGUUAUGGAGGAGUUGUCAUCGUUGAAGGAGUAAGUGAAUGGUAACUUUAAAUUUUCUUUCAUAUGGUAACAGUGUUAAAGUUUCAUCUUAUCAGCUUGCCAAAGUUUAUUUGAUGUGGGAGCAAUGACUGAAAAUAAGGGUCUGUUAUUUUUUCCGUGACAGUAUUUAUAGCACUAACGCUGGUGGGGCCACCCAAGUUCCUGAAACAAAUAAUUUUACCCAUUCGCCCCUGAACCACCCGUAACCGUCCGUGCGGAUCCACGUCCUUUCUAACGGUCUUUUAACGGUCAAGGACAACUUUGUCUGCUAACUUGUGCAGAGUGAAGAGAUCUUUCAAACCAUACCAGAAUGAGCACAAUUCAGUCAAGGACACUGGAGAAAAAGGCAAAAAACCAUGUAACAUAUAUUUGGCCUGAAAAUCUCCAUGAAAAUCUUGUUCCAUUGCCCACCUACCUUUCCUUUCAUCUAAUCCUAAGAUCCUAAAAGCUUUCCUAAAAACUCUUUCCACCAAAAUGAAGCCUACUAAAUGCCCAGCGAGAGAAAAAAAAAUGAGGCAAGAAAAGUGAAAAAAGAGGGGAGGAGAGAAAGUAAAAGUCAAGACUGCUGUGUCACUUUUAAACCCAAAAACUAUCUUGAAAUUUUGCUUUCUGCGCAUGCCCGAACUUCGCAAGCUGAGAUUUUGCAUCUGGAUCAGAGGAAGCCGUGAAGUGUACGAGCUGUUAACGGGUUUGUGGUAAAUUUUAGCUCUUUAUAGCUUGACAGUGACCAGAAAACCACUCAACUAGCUUCAAAAUGCGUUUUUCGGCAAAAUCUCCAGGCCAUGCAGUGAGGCACAAAAGAAAUAUUGGACACACCAGUGGGUUGUUCACCAAAGAGCACACAAUUUCACUUUUCAGCAUUUCGAACAUUGUUUCUGUCUGAAGCACUUUACUAGACCAUGAGUGAAAAACAAAAGGAAUUUUAUGAUUCACUGGUUAAUUUGAAAGACAAAUACUCAAUCUUGAACUGGUGGUGAUUGUUUAUCUUUCCUCCUGAACAAGGUCACAAAAUAAGCAGUCUUAAUCUUGUCUUGAAAUGAACAGGGUAGGAAUAAAUGGACAGUUUAUAUACAGCGUCUUAAAGAUGGUGAAGAUUUAAAGGCGUCUAGAGCACCUCCCUACCCAGGUGUCCAUUAGACCCCCCCCCUUCCUGCGGUUCUUUAUUUCAAAGGUGUUAUACAUGAUUGAGCGGCACUGCAUUUGAAGCAUGCAUCAAUUAGGAAUUUUUUUUCUACUCCAGCUGCAACAAUGUAAAGGACUACAAGAAAAGGUGAAAGCUGUUGCAUUUACAGAUUCUGUGCACAGUCUGGUACACCAGAAGGCAAACAAGAGGUUUAUCAAGUGGAUGAGAAAGGUCAGAACAACAGAUAAAGUGCAUUUUAUUUGUGACUCUUUAGUUCAAAAUUCCUUUUUGUGAAUGUAAAAGGUAGUAUUAAACUUGUGAAAGUAUUACAUAGGUUUCUUUUGAAUGAUUAUACCAUUGGCCAUGUUAAGGAUAAUGAUUAUUUUAUUGAGACUUUAGCUUAUGUUGUAAAAAGUUUUAGGUAAGGAAUAGUUAACAUCACCAUGAUCUUUAUAUAAGGUUUGGUUAUUUUCCCAGGUUUUGUCAUGUGUAGUUGGAUGUUACGAAACAGUUAGGAGAGCAUGAUUGAAGUUUCUUAGGGGUUUGCUUUACCACUAAGAGAUAUAGAGGAUAUUUCAUGGCCACACAGAGAUACGAAAUUUCUCUUCAAAUGUUGAACAAUAGGCAAACGGGGGAAAUAUUUGUCAACACAAGAUGAGAAUUUUCGUAUCUCCAAGCGGCCAUAUGUAAUGUUAUAUUUAUUAUUAUAAACACCAAUAAAAUCGUAGUUGCUAAAACAAGGAAUGACCUACAAUGACCUACAAUGAUCUACAAUGACCUACAAUGACCUACAAUGAUCUACAAUGACCGAACGUGUAGCCCCUCUAAUUAGCUAAAAUGAAGAUUUUAGAAAAAGACAAAAAAAAAGACUAGGGGACGUGUGUCGUAGUUACUAAAACAAGGAAUAACCUACAAUGACCUACAAUGAUCUACGAUGAGCUACUACGUGCUAUAAUGAGCUACUAUGAGUUAAAAUAAGCCCUACAAUGAGCUACAAAAUGACAGACAAUGAUGUUUAUCGUGUGUCACGCUUGGAUGUGACACUAGGCUCAUAGUAUUAAAUUGCCAAGCACAUUUUGGAAAGGAAAAACAAAAAUUGUGCCUGAUCUCAGGUAACUUGAGAAACUUGAAAAUAGAUUAUUGCAAUCGCGUUUUUACUGGUAUAGCACUAUCAUACCCUGCAUUGACGGAAGUCAUGCAGGCACUCCCUUUUUUGGCCUAGAUGGGUAUGGGCCGCUGAGCAGGAUAUGGAUUUUACUAUUUAGCGUUACAAACAGAGCAUCCUGUUGGACCGAAAGCCAUUUAAAGGGUCUUAUGAUGUCUUAUACAGGCCAGGGUACUUAAAAAAAAAUGAACAAUUUUUCUUUUGAACAGGGUCAGAAUUUGAAGGCCUCCUUUGUUCAUCUCUACCCUUACGUCCCUUGAAGAUCCCCCCGGAUCGGCUGUUGGGGUGACUGUGUUUGUUCAAUUUGUUUAAAAAAAAGACAAGACAAAAUAAAACUAAUGCGAAAGGUUGCAAGGGAUGGUUUGGACAAAAGUCACAGUAUCAUCAUACAUAUAUUAUUACACUGUAAAUUUAUCUCCAAGCGUAAUAAUUAGAGAUGCUGUCAUCGUUAAAUGGGCUGUCAUGUAGUAGACUAAACGCGUUACGUUUACGCACACGUGUCCCCUGAUCUUUUUUUUUUGUCUUUUUCUAAAAUCUUCAUUUUAGCUCAUUACAGGGAUUACACGUUCGGUCAUAGGAGCUCAUUGUAGGUCAUUGUAGGUCAUUGUAGGUCAUUGUAGGUCAUUCCUUGUUUUAGUAACUACGCCAAUAAAAUACCAAAAUUUGAUUUUUAUGAGUUGAACAAGCGGAGGAUAUUCAAUUGUUAGCUUACCACUUUCUAUUUGUUUUUUUUUUUCCUCUUGUUUAAAUAAGAUUGACAGGAAGCUUCACAUUUUACUCAUUCAACUCAAAAUAGAAGGUUUUGAAUUCUUUUUUUGGCUUGACCUAGUCACUCAAAAUGUCAUUGGAACAGUGAAUUGCACCAUGUGAUUCAUCCUAGAUAUUAUUGUCCUAUUUACUAUGCAGAAUUCUUGUAACUGGGUGUCUUCUGAUCGUCCUUUGGACACUCCUAUUCAGUCCUUGUAUAAAGGAGCAGAUUGUGACUUGGUGUCAGCUGGUAAGAUUUGAUCAGAAUGCUUUUGCAAAAACCAUUUCGUAAAUAAAUAAAUUAACUGUUUAUUAAUAAACAAAUAAGUCGACUAAUCAAUGAACAAACAAGUGAAAACUAAUGCGUUUAUUUAGUGAGGGUACCACUUUAAACUUGAACACUGACAAACUUGUGGGCCUCCCCUAGAUUACAAUAGAGACUAGAUUUAUAUUUAUAUUUGCAAUAGUGUCCUCCAUACUCCUACAUGAGUUAUUAUGAUAAAACUUUGUAUGCCAAAAGAAAUCAAAUGGAGUAGAAAAAGCCAGUACAAGAAGGAGUAGGAGUAAAAAAAGCCAGAAAAAAAAAAAGAAAGAAAGAAAAUAAUAUUACAUUUUAAAAAAUGAAUGAGUGAACAAAAGGAUUAGUGAUUACAUGUCAAAUUAAUAUUUUACCCGUAUCCUUUAGGAGAUAGUAAAAUAUUAUAAUAGUUAAUAAUAGCCUGUUCAUACUAUGCUUAAUGUGCUUGUUUGUAAGUUAAGGUACAGGCUUGGACUUGAAUGAUCAUGUUGUGAUUUCUAUCUCACUUUCUUUCCAGGCACAAUAAGGCAUGAGCUCACUUCACAUUUUGCUUUUGAUUCGGUCUUCAAGUUCUUUGAUGAGAAGAUAAAAAUAGCCCCCAAUACUGGGUCAGAUGUCUCAGAAGAUAGUGAACAAGAGGCAGAUGCCAACUCACAGAAUAAUAUGGACUCUGCUGAAGAUCCAGAAAAAUUUUCUACUAACAACAUGGAUGCUUCUGUAGAUCAUCCUGAUGAAACACCAUCAGAAAACAAAAAGGAUUCCGGUGCAGAUGACGUAGAUGCCAACUCCCAGACCAAGGAGGACAACCCUCAGAGUCAACCUGAUGACUCUCAAAUGGAGACUGACAUCUAAGCAAUAAGCAAUAGUUGAUUUCUCACGAAAAUAGUAUAUAAAGUUAACUUAUUAUUUCACAGACGGGGCAGCUCUCCUGGCCAGAUUGUUUCAGGGAACAUCAGGGCACGGUACAAACUGUAAACUGAGAAACAGAAAGGUGAAGGAUCGGGAUCCAUUUGGGUGGGGGCAUGUUGGAGGCUGCUGGGCAUUUGAAAUCUGUGAUCAAGGGCCUACUAACAGCUUUUCCCCCAGAAGUUUAAGAUAAAAAUCUUUCCCAGUACAAACCCCUUUUCAUCUGUCACGACCCUCCAGGCAUUUAGCAAUAAAUUUAUUAGAGGCAACUAAGGUAAAGAUCGAAGUAACAAAUAAUAUGCACUCAACAUGCAUGUAAAAAGGUAUUGCUGAAUGUUAUACAUGUACACUACUAUUUCUCUAUUUCUAAUAAUCUCUAGUUGAAGAGUUCACACGAAAACGUCCACUAUUGUGGGCUUAUGUCCCCUCCUAUUUGGAGGGGACAUUUUUUUUUAUUGGGGGCAUGAGAUUUUGUUUCAAAACAUGUAAGACCAAAAAACAUAGUAAAUCAGUUAGUCAUUAAGUGACGUUUUACCUAAGAGUAGAUUUUCUUAAAAGCUGUAUUAACAGACUGUUUUUCAAAGGAUGAUUAUAUACUGGUACUUAGUUCAAAAUAGAAAAAUGCCAAUAAAAUUAUUUAUUAUUAUGUCAGAUUAUGACCUCAUCCUCCACAUCUGUUGUGUUAGCCACUAAAAUUUUAAUAUUACAAAGCCUUCACACAUGUUAAGUGAUAGUGGGUCGAUAGUGGGUUUUAUGACUUCUUCUUCAGAAAAAAAAGGAAGCAAAAUAAAACUAUUGAGACUGUUUUUGCUCAAGUCUUAAUAGUUGUAUUUUCUCUCAGUUUUCAAAAAUUGAAUGAUGCAAUCUGUAACAUAACUAAAAAUAGAAAUCAUUUUAUUGAACAACAACAUGCCUAGAAAAAGAAAAUUUUCUCAACAAAAGUGGAAAGAAUAACCACCAUGUAGUGGAAAAUCAGA